AUGAAACAGCGGGGAGAAAACGUCUUUGGGAAUGGCACCGUCGGGAACGCGGAGACGGCCAUUGGCGUCAACCAACCCCACCCCAUCCCAACCUUCGCCUUCCUCCCCAUCAGCAACCCCAUCCCCAUCCCAACCUUCGCCUUCCUCCCCAUCAGCAACCCCACCCCCAUUCCAACCUUCGCCUUCCUCCCCAUCAGCGCCCCCAUCCCCAUCCCAACCUUCGCCUUCCUCCCCAUCAGCAACUCGAUCCCCAUCCCAACCUUCGCCUUCCUCCCCAUCAGCAACCCCAUCCCCAUCCCAGCCUACGCCUUCCUCCCCAUCAGCAACCCCACCCCCAUCCCAACCUUCGCCUUCCUCCCCAUCAGCAACCCAACCCCCAUCCCAACCUUCGCCUUCCUCCCCAUCAGCAACCCCACCCCCAUCCCAACCUUCGCCUUCCUCCCCAUCAGCAACCCCACCCCCAUCCCAACCUUCGCCUUCCUCCCCAUCAGCAACCCCAUCCCCAUCCCAACCUACGCCUUCCUCCCCAUCAGCAACCCCACCCCCAUCCCAACCUACGCCUUCCUCCCCAUCAGCAACCCCACCCCCAUCCAAACCUUCGCCUUCGUCCCCAGUUCCUAUUAA